AUGCCAGCUCCUGAAGAACAGAAAGCCACUGACGCCAGUCCACGAACAGGAGAGAGGAUGCCAGCCCCUGAAGAAAAGAAGAUGGUUCCAGCCUCCGAAGGACGAAGAAAGAAGGGGAAAACUCUGUUCCUGGCUUCCAAAGUUCUUACAGUUUUCAUUGUAUCUCCUCCAAGCCUCAGCCUCGGCUCAAGCCUCCGCGAGGGCGCAGGCCAGUGGCCCCGCGGGGGCGGGCGCAGGGGCGGGAGCGGGGCCAUGGCUGAGGCAGCCCAGACCGGUGGCGAAUCCAAAGGCACCGAAGGGAAAACGCAGCAGCCCGUGGAGAAAACCCCGGGGGGCGCGCCGCGGCGGGAGCCGCGCUCGGUGCUGAAGGUGUCCCAGCUGCUGCUGCGCGCCAUCACGGCGCACCGCGGGCUGACGCUGGCGGCGCUGAAGCGGGAGCUGGGGAACGCCGGCUACGAGGUGCGCAGGAAGUGCUGCCGCCACGCCGGGGACGCCGCCAGGCCUGACACGAAGGGCACGCUCCUCCGGGUGAGCGGCAGUGAGGCCGCCGGCUACUUCAGGGUCUGGAAGAUUCCAAAGGCGAAGAGAAAGCCCGCGCGCCCGAGGUUCGAGGAGGGCACCCGCUCUCUGAGGAGGCCCCUCGCGGCGUCGCGGGGCCAGCGGAGGAGCCCCGCGCGGCGCAGAGCGAGGAAGGCCCGGGAGGCGCUGAGGCGCAGGAGGGUGGCCUCGAGGGCGCGGAGAGCGAGGGCCAGAGCCAGGGAGCCGGCGCGCUCCAGAACCAAGGUGGAAGCGAGGGCCAAAGUGGACGAGGGGCGAGGACGAACCCCAAAGGAGGACGUCAAGCCUCGGACCCGAGAGCAGAAGAGACCAAGCACGAAGGCCCGGGAAGAAAACGAGAAACCGGUAAGACGGACCAUCCAGAAGCCAACACAGACUAAAAAUGACCCUUCUUCUAGCGGGCAAGGGAAGGCCCACGACUCGAGGACCACUCGCUCAAAGACUUACCCUAAAGCCGAGAGUCCUCAGACUGCGAACGGGAACCCCUAGGGUGGGAGCAACUUUCUUCCCUCCGGGCACAGAUGCCUUUUCCCCAUUGGGUCCGAAGAGGGUGGGCGGCUCCCAAACUCAUUAAAUGGAAAGCUAUUUACAAGACCCUCCCACCACUUUGUGUCUGUUUCCU